CCAAACACUGCAGCUGUCAGUCACUCACAGUUCAGUCUGAACCUCACAAGGACAUCCACUGACUCCUCGUACAAUAACACCCUGUGCUGUUUUACUUUAUUUCUGAUUCCUGCGCCGGGAUAAUAUUGUUAUCUGUGUGCUGUAUUGUGCGCGCGCACGAUCUGCUGUUCAUCACGCACGAGCUUCACAACACAACGACACAAGAGAUCGGAGAGUGUGGAGCUCCUGCAGAGGCUGAUGGAGAGCUCAGAGGACUGGCUGAAGUCCAGCGGUCUGUCUGUGUCUGACCUGCUGUCUCUCUGCACAACUGAUGCUCCAGUCUCAGAGACCGGAUCGGGGCUGAGCAGACAGCUGCAGAUCAGCAGUGAGUCUCUGGCUCAGUUUGAGGAGCAGCUUUACAUUGCCAUCGAGACGCACCAUGAUCGAAUUAAGUGGCUCGGUCAAGGAAGCAGGAAGGUGUUUGGUGUGGUGAGCGGAUCUCAUGUCGCGGUGCUCGUUGACUCGUCUGAUAUGAACUGCUCUACAGACAGACUAGCGGAUCUACAGAAGAGGCUCUUAGCUCUCAUUGAGGAGCAACUGCGCUUCAAAAAACAGCUGUAUCUUCUGUCCUUCGGCUCAGAGGUCAGCAGCCUUUGGGACGAACCAAAAAAUACUUGUCCACUGAGGCUCCAGCAGUGCUGUGCGUGGGUCAAGCAUCUGCAGGCUGGUGGAGGCUGUGAUCUCCUGAGGGCACUGGAGAGGGCACUGAGGCGCUCUGAGCUGGACACAGUGCUCAUCAUCCUGGGCUCACGCCCUGAGCAGACAGUAGAGGUUAUAUGUGAUUGUUUAGCUCAGCACCCGAAGAUCUCAGUUCAUAUGGUCGCCUACAACUGCAGCAGUCCAGCCGCCAUUGACACUGUGAAGAAAAUGGCCGCAGUUUCCAAUGGGAGAUAUCACCUGUUUUCUGAUGCUCUGGGUGUAGUAGACAGCAGCACUGAUGUAGAUGUGCUUUGGACGGAGAUUAAAGCAGCUCGAGAUGCUCUUGCCCACAUUCAGAGCAUUCAGCAGGGUGGAGAUGGAGACACAGCAGCCUCUGUCGACUCACAGAUCUCCGCAGGAUUGUCUGAUCUCUCUCUAUCUGAGCUCAGUCCUGUGCACUCUGCUCUCAGUGCUCCACUGAUCUUCAGCCCCUCAGAUCCUGCACAGCAAACCUCCAGUGAUUGGCUAAAGAAACACGGCCUCAAGGCUCAGAGGCUGGAUCUGUAUCAGCUGCUGGCCAGAAACGCAUAUUCUCCACAUGAGACGUUUGUGGCGGUGUUGGGAAAGACCGUUUCCUCUACAGUGCAUGAGAGGCUCAUGGUGCAGGUCGACUGGCCGGACGGGUCUGUGAAGAAUCUGCAUGUUGAUCCGCCAUCGCUGCACAGCUACCAGAAGCGACUCCUGCGAGCGGUGCGUGUGUGUGAGAGGAGAGUGGCUUGGUUGAACCAGACGAGCAGUCGGAUGAUCUGGGGAAGUGUGUGUGAGCAGAGGGUGCAGGUUUUGCUGGACAUGUCUGGGAUGAACACACACCUCCAGCUCCACAUCCAGCACGCGCUGCGAACACUCCUGCAGGAGCAGAUGGCCGGAAAACACAGCUUCAAUGUCAUCCUGUUUGGAUCAGAUGUCCAGUCGUGGCAGCGGAAGAUGUUUCCCGCCACCCAUGAAAACCUUCAAGCUGUUUGGCAAUGGUUUCAGACACAGGAGUGUGUUGGCGGUAGAAACACUCUUUCUGCUCUACGUUGGGCUUUAGAAGAUGAACCGCCGGCAGAUUCGGCUUUAACUGAUGGUGUUUAUCUGCUGACCACCGGCCUACCGGAUCAACACAUGGAUUCAGUCACUUCUUAUGUGUCUGAGCGCUGCAGCACAUCAAACCUGAACCUCCAUGUGUGCCUGUUCACCGAAGUGAAGCACACUGAGUCGCAGGCCGAAACUGCACGGGCUCUGAGUGAUCUGGCACACGCUGGACACGGGCGCUUCAUCUGGACCACAGAAACCGGCGUCCUGGAGAGUGAUGACAUCAGUGUCCUGAUUGAAGAAAUGCAGACGGCGGCUAAUUAUUAUCAGAAGAGCUGUGAGUUAGUGGACUCUCUGAUGCAGAAGAGCUCCAGCGGAGGUUCAGGAGAGAGCAGCUCUUCAUCUAUCAGACCCCCAACCUCCAGCCCAAAAUCCAAAGUGCCUUUACCUCGACCCACAACACUCAGCCUGGCCAGACAGGAGCGUGGACAGAAGAGCAGACCCAACAGCUCCAAAGCAGAAACCCCAGCAGUUCAUUCAAAGUCUGCUCAAAGGAGAGUCAGCGUGUCUCAGUCUGUCUUCUUCAUGGAGGACGGACACUUGGGGUUUGUCUUCAAGAGCUAUCCGAAACCAAAGAGUGUGCGCAAGUCAAUCGCCAGCAUCAAACUGCCCAAACAUGAAGGCAUCUGCUCAACUAAACAGUGGCUGAAACGGUUUGGCAUCAGGAAUCUGCAUCUGGAUCUUCACCGGCUGCUCUCUGGUCCCGAAUGCCGCCAUCAGGACACACUGGUGCCGUCCGUCCAGAGGAGAGUGUCUGCGAAAUACUGCGCCAUAUUCCCCAGCAUCCAGAUCAAUGGGGCUGUGAAACACCUGCACCUGAGUCCAGCUGAGCUGAAGCAGUACAUCAGUCAGACGGAGACUCUGAUGCUGCGCUACUGCCAGAGACUGCAGUGGCUGCUGACCGGCAGCAGGCGUAUGUUUGGGUCAGUUCUGGAGAAGGAGGUCUGCCUUCUGCUGGAUGUGUCUGGGUCAAUGGCCUCCUGCUUCCCUGAGCUCCAGAAAGGACUAACAUUACUGAUCUGGGAUCAGCUGCAUGCCAACAGUGUGAGGUUUAAUAUGCUGGCGUUCUCUAGAGGGCUGUGUAUGUGGCGUCCGGCUCUGGUUCAGUCGACAGAGGAUCAGUGUGUUCAUGCAGUGCAGUGGUUGAGUCAGAUCAACACACACGGCUCUUCAUCCACACUGACAGCGCUGCAGACAGCCUGUGGGCUGGCAGAUGGCGUUGGUGUGUAUCUGAUCAGUGACGGGCGCAGCGACUGCAGCCACAGUUUGAUUCUGACAGAGAUGGAGACUCUGAGAAGAGAGAAGAGCUUCACCGUACACACCAUCGCACUCAACUGCUCUGAUAGGUCAAGCAGUGAUUUUCUGAAGCGUCUGGCCCAUAAAAAUGGAGGACGUUUCCAUCAGGCUCCUGAAAGCACAGAUCCAGAUCUGAUCAGAGAACAGCUGUCGGACCCGAGCAGUGCAUUGAAUCUUCCAGAGUUUGAAGGAGACGAUUUAAAGAGACUGACAGAGGAGAUCCAAAAGCUGAGAUUGUUCCAGAAACAAGCCAAAGCCUUCAGGGAAACUGUUUUGGAGUCAAGGAAACGAGAAGGAACAUAAACGCUGAUCUGAGCCUGUUCUUAUCAUGGAGCUUUACUUGCAUAUGGUGACAUUGACAUUUUAGUUAAAUAUUAGCAGAAAAUAUAAUAUUUUGAUCAUGAUUUACAGAAAACACUCACUAAAAUAUAGCUGUGUAUUAUAAUUAUAAGUUUAUACAUUACAAAAAUCGUGUUAGGCACAUUUAGAACAAGUAUCGUAUGAUGAUUUAUUAAAAAAUAUAUUAUAAGAAAUUAUUUUGGAUCAAAAUUUAUUAUAAUCACUUAUUUUUAUGUAUUUUGACAGGUACAGCUCAGAUUGUGUUGUUUCGCUUUGACAUAAAUAUAUCUGUUACA